UGAGGAAAUCUUUCCUAUUAAUAAUAAAUUUCGAACGAAUUUUUUUUAAACACACAGUAGUAAUAACUCUGUGGAACUGUUCAAUUAAGACUGUUGGUAGAGCUCCUAUGAUACAUAUUCUAAUGCGCGUUUCUGAAUGCAACGCGCGCAACAAGAUUCUCUCGAACAGAAGUCAUUGUAUAUCCGAGCCGUUCCACGAAAGGAAUCCGAAGGUGUCCGCUUCGCUGCCGCCGAACAAAAGGCCUGCCUUUGGACGAAGGUGCAAUCGCAAUUGCGAAUUUGUUUAGUGACGCUUUCCUUAAAGGCCUUUACAAAAGCACGCGCUGAGUGCAAGAGUUGCCUAAGGCAAAAUGCUAAAGAAGAAAAGUGGUGCCCGAAUGCUGCAUCGGCGUCCUGCAGCCACCGCUGUUCACUCGCACAGACGAAGCGACAUGUCGGCCUGCGCCAUCCCCGAGUGGCGUCUGGCGCCGAUGCAACGGCUGCUCGCCUUCCUGGUGGCCUGCAGCAACUUCUUCCUGGCGCUCAACACAGUUGGAUCGGCAUUCGUCUUGCCCGGGGGUUUGUCCUUCCGAUGUGGAAACAACUCGUCGGACGAUCCCUGCGAAGUCCUGCGGCGGGGUGGCUGCAACCGGGUGGAGUUUGAGUAUUCGGUCGUAUACGGUGCCCACACGGCGGUGAACGAGUUUCAGCUGGUAUGCGACCGGCGCUGGUUGGCAGCUUCGUGCCAGUGCCUGGCGAUGGUGGGACUGGCGCUGGGCGCGCUCGCUUUCGGCCGCGUCGCCGACCGAUGCGGUCGGCGCGUCGCGCUCCUCUGGGGCGCCGGAGUGCACGCCGCCGGUAGCCUGGCCGCGGCGGCCGCUCCCAGCGCCGCCGUGUACGCAUUCGCCCGGCUGGUCACCUCGCUGGGCGCCGCGUCGGCGCCCUCCCUGGACGUGCUGCUGGUAGAGUCGCUGGUGCCGGCGCUGCGCUGCGCGGACAGCGCGGCCGUCUCGCUCGGCUUCUCGCUGGGCGCCAUCUGCGCCGCCUGGCUCACCCCGACGCUGUCCACGUGGCGCAGCUUACAUGCACUCAUGCUCGUCUAUGCGGCCAUCGUGUUCGCCUGCACGGGCCUGCUGCCAGAGUCGCCCCGCUGGCUGCUGAGCCACGGGCGCCUCGAGGAUGCCCGCGCCGCUGUUCGCCGCACGGCUCGCUUCAACGGGCUGCCCCGUGGAAAGGUGCAGCUGCUCGUGCAAGGACUGGGCUGCGAGGAAGGCGUUGCGGCUCCGCAACAGCACGUCUUCCAGUCGUGGAAACUGCGUUCCUACACAAUCUUCAUGUGGUUUCACGGUGCCGCCCUGGGCAUGUCCUACUACACCUCAUCGCUGACCAGCACUGAAAUUGGCAGCAGGCCACAGCUGGACUUCUCGCUGCUGCACAUCGUCGAGCUGGGCUGCAACCUGGUCGGCUGCGCGGUGGUGAGCCGCCUGCCCCGUCGCCUAUCACUCACCCUGCUAGCGCUGGCCCUUGCUGCUGCGCAUGCACUGCUAGCGCUCGCCGCUGGUCGCUACGCGCUCCAUCUAGCUUCUGCAGUGCUCGUCAAAGGACUGGUGAGCUCGCAGGUGCUGCUGUGCAUGCUGCACGUGCAGGAGUCGUACCCGACGUGCGUGCGCGCGUUGGGCGUGAGCGCAUUCCAGUGCGUCUGCUGGGCGGCCGCAUCGUUGGAGCCGUUCGCCCGCGUCGCGCUCGGCCGACAGCUGCCAGUGGCUUACGCGGUCGUGCUGGCAGCGUGGGCCGUGGUCGCUCCGUUCCUGCUGCCUGAGACGCUCAGCGCCAGCCUUGACGAACGAGAGCAGCGGCCGCCAGAGGGCGACGAUGAGCCCUGCCAGCGGGACAACGUUGAGAGGUUCUGAGCACAUUGGGUGCUCGUGCACGAACUUUUCGUAGCAACAAAAUAAAAUAGGAGCGCAGCUAGGGCUCGUACCGCGCGAAACGUCGGUGCCGCUGAACCACCGGUAGCCAGGUCACGAGGCCAGUGGUGCAGCCGUGCCCGAAGCGUUUCUCGGGUGCACGGCUGGAUGUGUGGAAGCGCUGGCCUUCUACAAGGACCUACGAGCGUGAGCAGCACUUGGAUGGAUGGAUGUUAUGAGCGUCCGCUUUGGAACGGGGCGGUGGGCUGCGACACCAAGCUCUUGCUAUUAUACUACCUAAUGUCCUACCUAGGUUAAACAAUGAAAAAAGAAAAAGAAAACACUAUGAACUACCACGCCCACAUUUUCUGAUCCCCUAUUGCGAGCUGUGUUUUGUACGACUCCGUCUUUUGUCGUUUCCCUAUUUUUCUUCCACCAAUACUCCAAUCGCCUCUUACUAAUGCCUAUUACGGAUAUGUUUGCUCUACCGCUGCUCCAGCUGAACCCAAGCGCUUCAAGGAGGCCAGUGGUGCCUAAAUCGACCGCUGGGUAGACGUCUUCACAUUCCAAUAAAACAUGCUCCAUCGUUUCCCUAGCUUUACCGCAGCAAGCACAUGCUUCUGCUUCCUUCUUAUAUCUCUUUUUUUAUUGAAAUAAAUAUGAGGAGAGGUUGGCGCCUUUAUGGUGGCACCGGCUACUCCUUGUCACUUGGCAAAGGAAACAAAUUUGCGUAAAAAGGCAGAAUAGCGACACGAAAUAUGGCACUCAGUAGAACACUGGAUGAAUAAAAAAUAUACAGUCCAACAGUACAUGAGUCGUAAAGAUCUGUGCAUUAGUUUAGUCCACGUACGCAUAUAUAAAGUCAGAUAUUUAGAACAGCCACAACACACAACUCAUGUAAAGCACUGCAAGUACAGAACAGAAUUAUACAUAUUGCAUAAAAGUUGCGGUCGCCACAUAAACCAAUUAUGAAUCACGAACAACGUUUAUGUUACUCAUUUAGCGCAUUCGGAUCAUCUGAUACCUAAUAUUUUCCCAAAAUGUUGGUCUCCUCUAAAACCUUUUUCAGAGCAAGUAGCGCUCUUUUUUGAAGGCCCGCAGUUGUCCAUGGGCCAAGUAUUUCUUAGAGCGCAGCUCUCUGGCGUCCGUUCCUGGGUUUCGCGUCGUCGUCGGCGUUGUCGUCGGCCUCGUAACCAGCUCCGCCCCCCUUUCAUCCCCCCAGCGCUAGCAGCGAACGACUGAUACCGCUGGAUGCCGCUGACGCCGCUAGAGAGUCAAGAUAACGUGACUCACCGUCGCCGCCAUGCAGAAAGAGGAGGAAAGGGUCCCCCCCCCCCUGUUCUUGUGUGGCGGAUAGGGUGCUCUUCAGUUGCCGACGCGCCGGUUAUUUCACGUAGGCCCCGGCACGUGGACGAAUACGUGACCACCUUCCCACGGCUAGACCUGGUUCUUAGCGCUGCGGAAGCGAGGGUAUCAUAUUGUUUGUGUCGGCAUCGGCGGCGUUGUCCCUGAAACCAACUCCGCAGCUGGGGUUGACUCACUAUCGGCGUCAGCGGCAUCGGUCCGUCGCUGCUAUCUCUUCCCUCCUCCCUUUAUCGUGUUGUCCGCUUGCUGCGCGCGAUUCUACCCCCAUCGUUUGCCGCUGGGUGUACACGCCGCCCCCCUCCCCCCUCUUCCUGCGAGUCUCCGGUUGUCAAAGCGCCGGCUCGAACUUAAUUCCUUUCUUCGCUCCUCCUCCAAUGCAACCCCUGUGUGGUGGCAAUCAGAGAGCCAGAUCGUUGGCGGCGGAUCUGUAUAUGUGCACCGCCCGAGCCGAAAUUGCCGCUGCCGUUCGCCACUGCGAAAUUAUCUGCCAGUUCUUUCUGAGCCAUGAGCGAGACGACCGAUGGAAGUCCUCCGUCUGCUGCUGCUGCUGCUGCUAAACGAGCUGCCAGAGCAGAGGCCCAGCGCCGUCGCCGUCAGAAUCCAGAGGUGCGUGCCGCCGAAGCAGAAGCUUACCGUCGCCGCCGUCGAGAUGAUCCAGGAGUACGCGUCGCCGAAGCAGAGGCUAAGCGCCGCCGCCGAGAAGACCCUGCCGUUCGCGCCGCCGAAGCGGAGGCUCAUCGCCGCCAUCGAGAGCAACCAGCAGUAAGCGAGGCUGAAGCAGAAGCUCAUCGCCGCCGCCGAGAAGACCCUGCAAUUCGCGCCGCCGAAGCGGAGGCUCAUCGCCGCCGUCGAGAGCAACCAGCAGUAAGCGAGGCUGAAGCAGAAGCUCAUCGCCGCCGCCGAGAAGACCCUGCCGUUCGCACCGCCGAAGCGGAGGCUCAUCGCCGCCGUCGAGAGCAACCAGCAAUAAGCGAGGCUGCAGCAGAAGCUCAUCGCCGUCGCAGAGAAGACUCUACCACGGCUGUGACAACCUCGCGAGGCACUUGUAUAGAUCUCGUCUUUGAGAAUCAAGCAUUGGUGUACCAAGUCGAACAUAUAUCAGUCUAUUUCUCCGACCACAAAGCUUCCUUCAUGACUGUCAAGAACUGUUAGUGGAGUCUCUGUUAAAGGAAUACGUGUGAAAAAUUAAAAAAAAAUUCUGUGAUAGCGCAUACAUGUGUUGCUCGAUUUCUUUGCCUCAAUCUAUCGAAAAGGUGAAACAGCUUAUUUGCUGCGCUCAAAUUUCGCAUUAGGAAGUAACGUAAUCGUCGGUAAUUUUUUUAGAGUGAAUGGUCUUCUGUCUAAUAUCAACAAAUUUGCUUGCAGUACCCUUCUUUGUGGAUUGUAUUUAGUGCACUCGAGGAGACGAUGAUGCACAUCUUCGUCUGCAUGGCCAAAAAAAACACUGUGGACUGGAGACAUGUUUUUCCUGUACAAGAAGUGUUUAGUGAAUGCAGUACCAAGACGCAGGCGGUGUACCAAUGUUUCGAAUUUUCUGUUGUCUCUUAGAUUUUCCAGCAUUGUUAAGUUUAUACAUGGGUCCAUAGAGUAUAAGUCAGAGUUUUUAGCUUGCUGAUCAAACCAGGUAGUUUUUCUGAGGCGACAAGAAAUCUGUCUCAGGAGCAGAUGGACUUGACUACGCAACAGAGGAAGAUUGGUUCUCUCCGCGUUAUUGUGCGCCCGAUUCGCAGCUGCGUCCGCUGCAGUAUUUCCAGGAAUAUUGCAGUGCCCAGGUAUCCACUGGAAUGCAAUUACAUGGUUCAUUGCGCUUGCUUUUGUAAGUUCUUUGAGUGUCUCAUACAAUAGCAAAGUGUUCAAAUAAUUUUUCUUAUUGCUCUGUAGUAAUGUGAGAGCGGCUUGCGAAUCGCUGAAGAUAACUCAUUUUUGCGAAUGUUCUUUUGAUGCUAUGAAACGCAAAGCACACAGGAUUGCAAACAGUUCUGCCACGGUGGAAGAUGUCUCUCGGGAUAAUUUAAAUGUUUGCUCUAGCGCUAAAUGUGGAAUGACGAAUGCUGAAGUCGAGGAAUUUUUAUGACACGAACCAUCUGUAUAAACGUGUAUGUACUGGGGAUAUAAGGAGUAAAUUUGGAAGAGUGACAGUUAUUGGGCGGCUACUAUGAACAUGUCUCUCUUAGAUAUAAUCCUGUCAACCGAUAAUUUUAUUUUAGGACAUGUUAACAUCCAGGGAGGGUAACAAACAUCCACUUUGCAUAAUUCAAAUCUUGGUAAUAAUGCUUUAUGGUCUCGAACAACAUCGUGAAUUUUGCUUUUGUUUCUUUCGGUAAGCGCAAGGUUGAAUGGAUGAUUCUCGUGCUGGGUUAAGAUGCGAUAAAUAUGUCGGCAUGUUUCAACCAUUCGUAUGACUGGGAAUGGUGGGUGACGAGCUUCAGCAAUUACUAAAGAACUCGAGGUAGCCUGCGGAACCCCAAGACACACUCGCAGCCCUCUUGCCAGUAAACGUUGAAGACGUACCUCAGAAGUUUGCGAUAAACCAUGAAGAAUAGGUGCCGAGUAAGCAAUUUCUUGUUUUAUGAGUGCGUUAUGAACUUGUAGUAGCGAAGAGACUUAUCCCCCCCCGUUGUACCUGCGAGUUGCCGAAGUAAGUUUAUUACUGCAUUGGUCUGCUUUUCAAUUGCGCGGAUGUGUGAAGCCCAUGUUAGCUUGCGGUCAAGAAUAAUUCCAAAAAAUUUAUGGUCUUUCACAAACAUCAAAGUUUGCCCAUUAAGCGUAAGUUGGAAAUUAUUCAGCUGUCGUCUAAUAAAAUGAAGUACGGCUGUCUUUGCGUAUGAAAGACUCAUGCCUCUUUCUUUUAAAAAGGUGUCGAUACUAUCAAGACCCUCUUGCAGCGUUGUUUGAAUGUCUUGUAUAUGAGAUCUAGAGGCCCAUAUGCAGAUGUCAUCUGCAUGCAGCGAAUACUGU